CCGGUAUUCCCCAGAACCUGCUCCUCCCCCUUCCGCUCCCCAAAGGUCUGCAGUCUCUGGUCAUCUCCUGUACUAUGUCCGCAGUCUCUGGUCUUCUCCUGUACUGUGUCCGCAGUCUCUGGUCAUCUCCUGUACUAUGUCCGCAGUCUCUGGUCAUCUCCUGUACUAUGUCCGCAGUCUCUGGUCAUCUCCUGUACUAUGUCCGCAGUCUCUGGUCAUCUCCUGUACUAUGUCUGCAGUCUCUGGUCAUCUCCUGUACUAUGUUCGUAGUCUCUGGUCAUUUCCUGUACUAUGUCCGCAGUCUCUGGUCUUCUCCUGUACUGUGUCCGCAGUCUCUGGUCAUCUCCUGUACUAUGUCCGCAGUCUCUGGUCAUCUCCUGUACUAUGUCUGCAGUCUCUGGUCAUCUCCUGUACUGUGUCCGCAGUCUCUGGUCAUCUCCUGUACUGUGUCUGCAGUCUCUGGUCAUCUCCUGUACUAUGUCUGCAGUCUCUGGUCAUCUCCUGUACUAUGUUCGUAGUCUCUGGUCAUUUCCUGUACUAUGUCUGCAGUC